CGUCACACUCGCAGGAGGACGCUCCUUUCUGCACGGCGGUCCAGCUUUCCCCUCACUCAGCCACCAUGGCCUUUAACGGUACCUGGAAGGUCGACCGCAGUGAAAACUACGAGAAGUUCAUGGAGAAAAUGGGAGUGAACAUGGUGAAGAGGAAGCUGGCCGCUCAUGACAACCUGAAGAUCACCAUCGAACAGACCGGGGACAACUUUCAAGUGAAGGAGCACAGCAACUUCCGCAACAUAGAAAUAAAGUUCACCCUGGGCGUCACCUUCGACUACAGCCUGGCAGACGGGACUGAGCUGACGGGUGCCUGGACCAUGGAGGGGGACACGCUAAAGGGGGAUUUCACCAGAAAGGACAACGGAAAGCAGCUGACAACCGUCAGAACCCUCCAGGGAGACGAACUCACUCAGAGUUACAGCUACGAAGGCGUGGAAGCAAAGAGGAUUUUCAAGAGGAGUUAAAAAAAAACAACAACAAAAAAAACACCGGCUUUCGGAAAUUAAAGUGAAUUAUGUUUGAUUUCUGAAUGACGAACAGUGUUGUGUGGAACUGUCACAGACUUCAACGACCGAAAGAACAAGAUUUUUUUUCUACUUGCACUAAUAAAAUUAGAACUGCCUAUUUUCA